AUGGACUUUGUGAGAGGAAGAGUUUUACCAACUUUAGCACUAGUCACAGGACUGGUUGGGUCAGUUCAGUUGUCUGAUCUCUACUGGCUAGAGUAUAAUCUCCAGAUGGGAGAUGUGGCAAAGGACCUAACAGCUGGGACUGUUGGAGGGGCAGCACAAUUGAUAGUUGGACACCCAUUUGACACCAUCAAGGUCAAGCUCCAAAGCCAGCCUACACCCCUCCCUGGCCAGCUUCCCAGGUAUUCUGGUGCAAUUGAUGCUGUCAAGCAGACAGUGGCAGCUGAAGGUCCAAGGGGUUUAUACAAGGGUAUGGGAGCGCCACUUGCCACAGUAGCAGCCUUCAAUGCUGUUCUGUUUACAGUUAGAGGACAAAUGGAAACAUUACUGAGGUCGCAUCCUGGUGCUAUCCUCACAAUAAAUCAGCAGAUUGUUUGUGGAGCUGGAGCUGGAAUUGCUGUUUCCUUUCUUGCUUGCCCUACUGAAUUGAUCAAAUGCAGAUUGCAAGCGCAAAGUGUACUAGCUGGCGCUGGAACAGCUACCGUGGCAGUGAAAUACCGGGGACCCAUGGAUGUGGCCAGGCAAGUUAUCAGGUCAGAAGGGGGCAUUAAAGGUCUGUUCAAGGGCUUGGUUCCCACUAUGGCACGUGAAGUACCUGGAAAUGCUGCAAUGUUUGGUGUAUAUGAAGCAUUAAAGCAAUUACUUGCUGGUGGCACUGAUACCUCAGGACUGGAUAGAGGUUCUCUGAUGCUUGCUGGAGGCUUGGCAGGAGCUGCCUACUGGCUCACAGUGUACCCAACUGAUGUUGUCAAGAGUGUGAUUCAGGUAGAUGAUUACAAAAAUCCAAAGUUCUCUGGUUCAAUUGAUGCUUUCAGAAGAAUUUCAGCUUCUGAGGGGGUCAAAGGCCUAUACAAGGGUUUUGGUCCAGCAAUGGUCCGAAGUGUUCCUGCUAAUGCAGCUUGCUUCUUGGUAUAUGAGAUGACAAGAUCAGCUCUGGUAUGA